CGGGGGUGUGGCGUUUAAGCUUCGAUGCCGCACAUACCUACCUAGGUAGUUACCUAGGUUAGUUACCUAUACUAACAUGGUUCAAGACGGAUCUUCUCCGUCGUUGGAGCCCCUCCAUUCCCUCCAUCCCCCCCCCUUGUAAUGUACUGUACAUAUGUUCCCGAUAACCCUUACUAUGUACUUUUCCCAAAUGUCGCUACCUACAGUGCAGUACACCCCAGCAUCCUUGCCGUCUAUCGGGGUAGCAUUGUACAUGUAUGUCGGUAUCGUAUCAAGAUACAUGCUGUAUGUACAUACAUACUAGGUACAGUUGGACAUCUGGAGCUUGUGUGUCCCUGGGAGGUAGGGUAAACCCUAGGAGGCCUAGUACCUUGCCUUAUGAAGCUCCACUUCAAUGGUGUUUUGGCUCACAUCAUUUCCGUAUUGGCACAACAAUCCCCUUCUUCCCUCUUCCCCAGCAAUAGUACAUGAUACAUACAGUACCUAUGUAGUUGUAGUCCCGUGCAGAUACGAGUACGCGAACCCGAAAUCAAAGCCCGAUCAAAUUUUUUUUUGAGCCUCAUUGCUUGGUGCUUGGGUAAGCAUCCCUCCCUUUUUCCCCUCCCCCCACCAAAGAAAAGAAAAAAGAAAAAGGGGGGUGUGCGAAAAUAGGAAAAGGAAGGAAAGGAGUUCGGACGAGAACGGAGCCGGACAAGGAGCCGGAGGGGAAAAAGUCAAAAAAGAAAAAGCAAAAAUGGCGCUUACAAGCCGCAUCUCGCUACACGGGCCCCCGGCCUCCGAUCCCGAGGACUUCUUCGGCUCCUCGCUCGGCGUCAUCUUCCCGGACGACGUCAUGAAUCAGCACGGCGACGCCGAGCAUUCUCUUCUCUACACAUCCCCACACUUGCCCCGCCCCCUGCACAUCGCCCUCGCCGACCCGGACCGCGAGGCCGACCGCAAACUCUUCAGCCACUACCUUUGGAAUGCGAGUCUUCUGCUCGCUGAGUUUGUCGAGGCGGGCGCCCUUCACCUACCCCUCGACCUCGGCAAUGGUGGCAGCGGCAGCGCUGGUGCUGGUGCUGGCCCUCAUGACGGUGGCGCCACUACUACAAUCACUCCUAUUACACCCGCCCACUUCGACGUCAAGGGUCUCACGUGUCUCGAGCUCGGCGCCGGCACCGCGCUCCCGAGCCUCAUGGCCGCGCUCCUCGGCGCCGCCGACGUCGUCGUCUCGGACUACCCUUCCCCCGCCGUGCUGGACACCCUGCGCAAAAACGUCGCCGUGAACACAGUGCCCGAGUGCUCGCCCUCCGGGACCACCACCCCCCUCACCGUCGAAGGCCACGCGUGGGGCGAGCUGGACACGCCAUUCGCGGCGCAGCACCGCGGCCACUUCGACCGCCUCUUCGUCUGCGACUGUCUGUGGAUGCCGUGGCAGCACGACAACUUGCGGAGAUCGAUCGCCUGGUUUCUCAAAGAUUCUUCUUCUUCCCCUUCCCCUUCUCCCUCUACCUCGGGAGCAAAAGGAGAAGCCAAAGCAUGGGUCAUAGCCGGCUUCCACACGGGCCGCGAAAAGAUGCGCGGCUUCUUCGAGGACGCCGCCCUCGCCUCCGCCGGGCUCGAGGUCGAGCGCAUAUGGGAGCGCGACUGCGACGGCGUCGAGCGCGCCUGGGUCUGGGACCGCGGGCACGAGGACGUCACUGAGAGGAAGCGCUGGCUCGUUGUUGGCGUGCUGCGGCGACAACGAUAACGACAAAGUCCUCCGCCUUCGCUGUCGUCCUGGCGUUGAGGUAGGUAUGAAGGUAUGAGGCAUGAGCAUACGCGUAUGCGAUCGCAGCCAAAAAAAAACAGCAAUAAGAAAAAACCUCCCCAAACCAAACACCCAUGGUAAGGUCUGGGAAUCAUGUUUAGCGUACCCUAGUGAAUGUAUGUAUGUAUGUAUGGAUACCUGCAACUAGCUUCCACACGGCUAUGUAGUUGGAUAGCAAUUAGCCAUCUUAGCUAGGUAACUGACCUCUCUCUUACCUACAUCCUCUCAUACAACCCUAACAAAGAUGGUCGGGCAUACAUAGGUAAAUCUAAGCUGUGAACUUGAAAGUGGCAAUCAGAGUUAGUCCCGAUGUUGCUGAGGACAUAUAUCUACACUCAGCGGCCUCGAAACUCCCCGAAUUUAGUCUUUACCACAGCGUGUAGUGCUACUACGAAACUAC